UUCUUCAUUGGUUCCUAGCUGGAGAAAUCGAUUUUUGGGGGGAGGGGGGGGGCAUGCUUCUCCUUCAAUUUCACCCUCGCUCGACUAUGUGGUAACUCCACUCAUUCGAUUCUUCAUUUUCAGAGUGGUCUGCUUCUGUGGUCCAAAGAACGUUACUAAAGGAGGGAUGCACAUCGUUUGAACAAGUCAAUUGAAUCUACAGCUUCAUUGUGAAGCUUGACAGUGAAGGGAGACAGCUGCACUUUUGAUUGUUUGUCCUCUAAAUUUACAACGUCUGCGUCGACAUAUUUGGUCUGUUUUUGUCCAGCCAGCGAGGAAGUAGCCUUAAAAAGGAGUAGCCUACGACGGUCCCUGAAAGAAUUUGGCGAAACGCUGCGAAGCGUGCCUCGACUUUCUUACGAUCUGUGAGGUUGUUGACAAGACGUUGGUUCCACUCCGGUUUCAGUGUGUUUGUGAUCCGGUGAGUGAGACUGUUGCCGGGCCUACAAGGGAUGAAACCGGAUGGGGUUGCCAUGGAGCCCACAGAAGCUGUAGGAGCCGAACCCUCGGCCCAGGGGAUGGCCACCGACGAGAUGCCCGCCCAGCCAGCCCCUUCAACUUCCCCGUCCCCUCCAUCACAGCCCGAAGACACCCAAAACAGCACAGCGCAGCCUGAAAACCCUACAGUGCCCCCUGUGUCCAAGGAGGUCAAUGGCAAGGCAGCAGCUAAACCCAAGGCUAAGACCGUGGGCUUGGCUAAACAGCGGCCAGGCACAGCUGGCACCAAGGCCACAGCGGGUCCGGCGUCAGGACCCAGCACUUCUCGUCCGGGCACGGCCCCAAGCCACAUGGCCAAUGGCUUAAAGUCCACAGCUAGUGACCUGGCCAAGAAAGCAGCUUUGGACAAAAAGAAGACCACCACUAUCGCAGCCGGAGCAUCGGCGUCAGCUGCAGCCACAAAGAGGUACGUGGGGCCGGCCGCCGCUUCCACUGUCAGGACCCAAACUAAGGUGGCUGACAGGAAGGCUGUCGGAGUCCCCAGGACCACCUCUGCUACCAGGAUUGUGGCGAUGGGUCCUGGCACUCCAACGAGGAGACCUCCUGCUGCUGGUCCCAUUAAUGGGGCCGGGGCCAGACCCAAAACCACAGCUUCUAGACUUGCAGCCUCAGCUGCCCCCAAGCCUUCCAGCACUGCAGUCACGGCCAAACCCAAUAGGACGACGGUUUCCAAGACAACCAGGCCUGCCACUGGUCACACUGGCCUGUUGAUGGGCACAUCCAAGCCAGCCGCUGCUGGCUCCAGCAGACCUGCAGCUUCCAGAGUCGGCACCACAGCCCCCUCUACUGGCAGGACUACCACAGUGCAGGCACCCAAACCUACAUGCCCUGCCAAGAAAGAUGUCAGCAGACCAGCAACCACUGCCGCAGCCAGAAAGCCGGCAACAUCCGCCACUACCAAAACAACCAAACCUGACCCCCCUAAAGCGACUGCAGCCUCCAGACCCGAGCCUGCCUCCAAAAGGGCCCAUCCCACCAAGGCGACAGACACCAAGCCAGCCCGCCCUACAUCACAGGACCCCAAGCCCCUGCCCAUACGUAAAGCCCCUCCCACCACACGGCCCCCUGCCACCCGACAGCCCCAGGGCAAGACCCCCCCUGCCUCCCCCAGUAACAAGCCCGUGGGCAGCACCGCCCCCCAGUUGGUCAAACAAGCCUCCAAACCAACCCAGUCUGUCCUGCCCUUCACUGCCAGACCUGGGGCUCCCAAGUCUGCAGCUGCAGCAGUGGCUGCUGCGGCAACAGUUGCCGCAGCAGAGCCAGAAGUGGCCGCUUCAGAAGUCCCAGCACCAGUGUCUGCGUUUUCACCAGCAGUGGCCCUGGAGCCCAGAGAAGAGGUUUCAGCCCCAACUCCUCAGGAUACUACUUCUCCAUCUCCACCACAGAGCCCACUCAGGCUGGCUCCUGCACCACCACAGGGCUCACUAGUCACUGUUGCCAGGGAUGAGAUGUCUGAACGACCAGAGACCGUCCCAGCAGCCCCGACACAGCCAGCACCAGACCAGACCUUACCCCAGGACAUCCCCACAGCAGUUGCUAGGGCUAUACCCAGCCCUCCGGAUGCCUCAGAGAAAGCCCAGCUCAACAUGGAUGAAGAAGAGGAUGAAGAGAGGGAGGGAAGCCAGCAGGUGUCCGUGUCAGAAAUGAGUGGCACCCAGCCCACAGAAGAGUCCAGGCCUGGUUCAGCCGGCCCUGCAGGCUCGGGGUGGCGUGCAGGCGGUGCCCUGCUAUCGGAGCUGGACUCUGAGGAGGUGAGCUGUAGCCAGCAGGGGGUGUCGGAGCUGAGCGCCCCGGGCGUCCUGGAGGGCACGGAGAGCAUGGAUGACCUAGGAGACGCCAGUCUGAAGGGUGCCAUCGACAUGGAGGGCAUGUCUGCCUCGGCCGGCUCGCCUGACUUUGAGAAGGUGUCCGACAUCCCGACCAAUGAUUUUGAUGACUACGAUGAAGACGGAGACCGGGUGUGCGACAUGGAGGUGGGUUCGGAACGGGCGGAUGACCCAAGAAGAGUGAGGCAUGACGAGGAUGAGGAUGAGGAUGUGGAGAUGGCUAGUGAGGGGGUGACUGAGAGCGGGCUGGAGAGCUACGGGAAUGCAGAUGAGGAUGACUUUGCAGAGGAUGAGAGACUGGACAACCUGAACCGAGCCCCGCCUGCCCCACUCCUGCCCUCUGCCCUGGCCGCCCAGUGGGACCAACCCAACCCCAGCUCCUUUUGUGACCCCUGGGCCCAGCCGCACCCCCAGGCUGCCUCAGCCGCCCCCCUGCAGACCCCUACCAGCCCCUCUUCAGACCCCUGGCAGGCUGAUAAGAAGACACACACCCUGUACUCCACUCAGCCCUGGCUGCAGCUGGCUGCCACACCAUUUGUUCCAGCCCUGCAUGAGCCCUCACACCAGCCUGCCCCUGCAUCUCCACUUGAAAGAGAGACCCUAGCCCCGUUGCAGUCCCUGUCCCUCAUAGCUGCCUCUGGACGCGGCAUGUCACACUCCAGCACCCUAAGCCCUACGGAGCUGGCUGUCCACAGCAGCAGCGAGACCAGCACCGCAGAGGAGCUCUGUGACUACAACAGCAGCUCCGGGGUGGAGUCCCGCUCUGAGGGGGGGAAACUCCACACCCUGCCUGCCGCCGUGCUCUCCCUUCAGCCUGAAUUGGAGAACCAGGACCUGGGAAUCCACCUGGAGAGAGAGGACGGCGAGGGGGAGGAGGCAGAGACCCUGCCAGCCGACCCCGCCACAGCACCUACGUCCAACCCCUCGUCCUCCACCACAGAGGAUGAGGCCAGCGACACGGAGGGCGAGGCCCAGCUGGGCCAGGACAUCCACAACGACAGCAAGCCCGGCGCCCAGCGCUGCUUGUCUGCCCUGGAGGAAGGGGAGGAGACCAGCGGCGGUGCAGAGGAGGGUGGAGACACCCCCCAGUCUGCCAACUCGGCGGCAUCCUACGCCUACGACAUGACGGCGUCCAACUCCAAUACCCACUCCACGGCUGAGAGCUGCGCCAAGAGCCCCGGCAUCUUCUCUCUGGAGGAGCUGCCUGAGGAGGCCAAGGACCCGUCGCUCAUCCAGGAACUGACCCUGCCACCGUCCCAGCAACAGGCUGCCUCGGCAGACUCCCUCCUCGUCUCCAACCCAGAGGAGCAGCAGUAUAUGUUGUGUGGGACACUUGAGGCAGAGCUGGGGGACACGGGGGAUCUGAAACCCCUGGACCCCACUCUGUUUGCGGCCCCCCAGCAGCUCGGGGAGGGCCCCCGUGUCACCCAACCGCCCUACUACUCCACUAUCUGUGAAAACACUGAGAACUCUCUCACAGGGAUCAACGCGCUCCCCCAGCCACACUACCGCCGCGACCACCACCCCAACCCCCACUGUGACCUCUUGACCCCACCCAGGCUGACCUGUGCUGACCUACCCCCCCGGAGCCCUCGCCUGCAGGCCAGCCCCCAGCUCCGCCGACUGGAACAGCACAAGCAACAACUACUAGAAUUGCAGCAACGCAGAGAACAGCAGAGCAAACCCAAAGAAGAAAAUGACGAAGAGGCGAGGAAGAAGAGCGAGCAGGAGAAGGAAAUGAAGAAAAAGGAGGCAGAGCAGGAGACGCUGAGGAGGGAGGAGGUGGAGCAGAGACAGCAGAUCAUGCAGUGGCAGCAGGAGCUGGAGGAGCAGACACAGCAGAUGUCACCGCAACAACAGCCCCAAAAAGGUCAGGCAACAGUGCUGCUUUCACCUUCCUCUGGUCUCCAAACCAUUUAUGAAGCCCUGGAGAGUGAUGAAGAGGAGGGGAAGGAAAUUGAGGUUAAUGUCCAGCUCGAACAACGUGAAGAAGCCCCGCUGGAGAAAGAGGUUGACAGUAACAGUGACCGCCAAGAGGUAUUGGACGAAGCCGGUAGCAACUCCACUUCCAGUCCCUCUCCAGACUCCCCUGAGCAGGAAGAGUCCCGGGACACCUCCCCACCCCUCGUCUCCCAAGAAUGCCCCCCUUCCCUGGACCUGGACUGGGGGAAGAAAGUUGACAUUGUCCAGCAGCUGAUCAACCAGACCCUGCUGCUGACGGGCGACGGCUGCUCCUCCCUGCUCUUGCUUCCCGGGGGCAGAGGAGGCACCCUGAGCCCCCUGGAGGCCAGCCUGUGGCCCAACCUGCUACCCCCCCUCACCCCUCCCUCAGCCACAGUCACGGCGGUCAGCAGCUUCUCCCCGGAGGCCCCCGGCCAGUCCCCCCAGGGCGAGUGGACAGUGGUGGAGCUGGAGACACACCACUGAGGGACGUGUGUGUGUGUGUGUGUGUACACACACAGUGAAGACUUACCACUAAUGGUUGCACACAAUGUUAUUCAAGGUCUGUCAGUCACAUCACUGCUGUACACACCACUACUGUAACACCACCUCUCUUACCUCUCCUUGCCAUUCAACACCACUGCAAAUACAACACUACUGUUUGUUACACUGAACUUAUACCACUGUAUCCUCAAACAUGAUACCUUUUGAAUGGGUGGCAAAGGCCACUGACACCCCAGUCGUAUCAAUCACAGACUGACUCACAUUGGAAUUUUACACCUCUGUCAUGCCAAAACAAUCAUGUUAGGUUACACACCAACAGUCCCAGAAGGCUACUACCUUGAUUAGGCUGGUUGACUGAAGCUUCUGGACCAGCUAUUUGGGUAGAAUAGUGACCGCUUGUUAGCCAUGGUCCAUUUUACUGAAGCCAAAACGACUGGAUUCAUCACACACAUGCAAUAUGUUCAGGUUGGGGUCCUAGGUGGUUUAGUUUCCACUGAAGAUGUUGAUUAGUAUAGAUUAACUGACUAUUGGUCUGAAUUACUGAUGACAAACUGCACUUGACUAGACCAGCAUCCUAUAAUGAUUACCCUGAACCUGUCACUCACUCAAUGCCUGCUUUGCUUUGUGCUUCAAAACCGUUUUGAUUUACUCUAGAGCAACAAAUCAUAGAAAUAGAAUCCCUAGAACGGUCAUGGGAUCCUCAUUCAAAUUGCUGAGGGCCUUUAUCCUGUCUAGGGGUUCUAUUUAUAUGGGCCAAGUAACUGUUUCUCUGACAUCAAACCAGAGGCCUUCCACCAGCUCAGGUAAAACACUGGUUGGCCGUAUGUGUUAGAAUAAGGUUAUUUAUCGACUGAUGAAUGCCACCAUUUUUCAGGGUGGUAUUUCACUAAGCAGGAUCUAUUUGGGAUCCAGCUUAGUGAAAUACACCUGGGUGCUAAUAAAAUGGACUGUUUCUGUUGCAUGCUACUGCUGACUCUGAUGGUCACUGGAAAUAUCGGUUUAUUUUUGUUUGUUUUCAGAAGCACCGUCUCAUGUCUUUGUUCUGAAGACUUGGCCAUGUAUCCUGGGCGGUUUUCCUCAUGUUUGGUCUUGUUUCUGUGGUUACAGAUGAUGUCAUAAUGGGGGUGGGAGUGGUCAUGACAUUGAUAUGAGGUAAUGGAGGAAUGAAUAGGUGAUUGAAGAGGGUCAGAGUGUAAGAGAACACUCUAUUGAGUAGAUUACUCUGGGGAUAUAACCGGUUCUUCUGUGAGGCUGCUGGGUCCUAGCCUGGUCCCAGAUCUGUUUGUGCCGACCAUCUGCCCAACUCCUAUGGUCGUUUGGUGUGACGAAGACCAUAGGACUUGCCAAGAAGACACAAACAGAUUUGGGACCAGUCAUGUUUUUUUUGGGGGGGGUUAGUCAUGAACUAAGUUUGACUGAUGGUGGUACAGAGUUAACGUUGUGGAUGUGGAUAUGUAUGUUAUGUGUGUCUGGAUGGAAAGGUACUGCAUAUGAAGAACACAAUUUGAAUUACCUCAGUGGAUUGUGAAUAUAGUAAAUGAGUGUCCAUUAAGCCUAUAAUAUGGAUUAUAGAGCCUUUGAAAAUAGUUGUUCAUUGCUCCAUGUCAGAUCAGGUUUCAAACUGAAGGUACGCGAGUCAAACACCGUCUUUACUACUAGGGUACUUGUGUUCAAAUGUGCCUCACUGAAGUUGACUUUUCCAAUAGGAGUGUCAUCUAUUUAGCAGAAACAAAUCCAACAGGAUUUGUGGUUGAACUUCGAGCCCUAAGGACAGUCCACUGUGUGUGGGGACAAUGACCAUGGAUGGACAGAAACAGGUGGUUGUCCCAACAGGGUUUGAGAUGAUCUGUGAACGCUGAAACACUUCUAAAUUGUACCAUAGGGAUGGACUCGACAGUUGAUACAACCACACUCUGCUGUGAGGCCAGGGCUAGUAGAUACUAUAUGUAUCUGGAAAUCAAACCCUUUUCCACUGUAGGCACAGCAAGCAAGGGCCCUUUUUUUUCUAUAAAUGGUAGCUAGGUUCUCCACAGUGUCUUUUUAAAGCUUGUUUCUAUGUGUAGCCAAGUGGCUGCCAUUUUCUAAGGCAGUUUGGUACAUUCCAAUUUGAGGGCUCUGCCACUUCUACUCCACAAUCCCAAAGGGACGCGCAGAAUGCAUCGGUCAAAGCUGGACUUUAUCUUGUGUAUUUUAAAAGUCUCCUCGCUGUAGUGUUUUGUAUACCGUUAGUGUAUAUUAUUACUGAAAGGGGAGACUCAGACCAUUUAUUGCAAUGAAGGGAACCCACUGGAUUUUUAUUUUGUACUGUAGAGAAUAUAAGGUAUGGUAAAUGAAAAAUAGGUGACAUUAUUUAUAGAUUUAAAGCAGAUAUUGUUUUAGAGAAUGAAGGUUAAUGGUUGUAGAUGUAAUGGUUUAUUUAAAUUCCCCCAAGAUGUGACAGUUGAACUUCUGUGGGCACUAUACUUGUAGACGCUUUGUCUGUUUUGCCUGCAUUUCUUAAAGAUCUUUUCAAUAGUUAUCAGGGGAUAUGAAGUGAAUAGACUGUGUUCAGUGCCAGCGCUUCCAUGAACACGCUUGGUAUAUUUUGUAUUUUAAGUAACUGAUCAAACAUUCACAUCGAGCUGGUGUAGAAAUUACACUGUAGCAAAUGACAAUAUCAUGCAAAGUUACAGAACUCGCACCCAAUGGAGCAUGUCUGGGAAUCACUAGUACUGAAAGAUGUGGAAUCUUACCCCUCUUUGUAAAGUUCUGUCAUUUUUUAAAAUGGACACCCACUUGUAAUGUCAAUAUUUUUGUUGAAAUGGGGUUGGGCAUUUUGACGUUGUGGAGUUCAAAUUAUGGCAGCUUGUUUUAAUACGUAAUAAUUCCUCGAGGUUCUGUGACUUUGUGAAGGACUAAUGUGUUUGUCAAUGUUUCAAUGCAUUUUAUUUCGAGAAAAUAAAAAUGAUUCUCUUAAGCA